AUGUUCUGGGUGUCUGGGUCCAAGUUCUGGGUCCAUGUUCUACAGAGUGUUUCUGGCAUCAGAAUCGCAGGUGGCUGGUGGAGGCCCAAGGUGGCUGGUGGUGCCCCAAGGUGGCUGGUGGAGGCCCAAGGUGGGUGGUGGUGCCCCAAGGUGGCUAGUGGAGGCCCAAGGUUGCUGGUGGAGGCCCAAGGUUGUUGGUGGAGGCCCAAGGUUGCUGGUGGUGGCCCAAGGUUGCUGGUGGUGGACCAAGGUGGCUGGUGGUGGACCAAGGUGGCUGGUGGUGGACCAAUGUUGCUGGUGGAGGACCAAGGUGGCUGGUGGAGGACCAAGGUUGCUGGUGGUGGACCAAGAUACGUCCGCUUUCUCCGAGAUUUCCUGGAGACAGCAGAGAAGCACUUCCUGGUCGACUUCAACGUGCGCUACUACGUUUUCACAGAUCGUCCCGACGAUGUUCCAUCAGUGAACCUGUCUCAGGGGAGACAUUUGAGUGUGAUCCAGGUGCCAGGUUCAAACCGCUGGCAGGAGAUAUCAGCCCGGAGGAUGGAGAUCAUCCAGACAGCCAUCGAACGUCAGAUCAGCAGGGAGGCCGACUACAUCUUCUGUCUGGACGUGGACAGCAAGUUCCACGCUCGCUGGGGAGCCGAGUCUCUGGGCAGGCUGGUUGCUGUGAUUCACCCAUGGUUCUACCAGGCGACCCGUGACCACUUCACAUACGAACGGCGUCCAGCCUCGACAGCCUACAUCCCCAUGGAUGAGGGAGAUUACUACUAUGCCGGGGCCGUGUUCGGGGGGUUGUUGGAGGAAGUGUACACACUAACAAAGGUAUGUCGGAACCAGCUUGAAGAGGACGCGAGGAAUUCCAUCGAGGCUGCCUGGCAGGAGGAGAGUCACCUCAACAGGUACCUGCUUUACAACAAGACCAGCAAGCUGUUGUCUCCAGAGUACCAGUGGGAUGACAAGAAGACCAAAACCAAAGAGGUCAAAGUAAUUCGCUUCUCUUCUGUCGUUAAAAACUAUGCUGAAAUUCGUCCCAAUGUAUAGGACUAGGAAUUGGAUAUUCGACCGACAGAAGAAAAAUUAAUAGAUUAUGGUUAAUGUUAGUUUAAGUUCAGGUAUAGCGUUACUGAGGUUUGGG